GCACGGAUCCCAUCGAUCCCGAGUUUGACAUCAUGGCGCCGGGUCUGGCCAUGGACUACCGUAUCUGGGUAGAGGCAGGCAAGGAAGAAUGUUUCUACCAGUACGUCCAGCCCGGAGCUCAGUUUUACGUCAGCUUUCACACGUUGCGUGGGGGAGACGGCAUGACUGGGUUCGCCGUCCGGGAUCCGACCGGUCAGCUGGUGCAUCCAUACCAGUGGAAGAAGCAGUCCGAGUAUGAGACCACGUCCGAGACUGGCGGAUACUUCACCUCCUGCAUCGACAACCAGUUCUCCCGCUUCGCCGGCAAGCUGGUCAACAUGUAUCUGACCACUUUCAGGUACGAUGAAUGGGAGAAACACUCUGAGGAACUGGAGCAGUAUGACAUCGUCGCUACCAAUUUUACGAACGGUCUGGGCUUAGUGGACCACAAGGUGCAGAUCUCCAAGCAGUACCUGAGCCAUUCCAGGUCCCGCGCGGCCAGCGACUGGGAGCUGCUCAUCUCCAACAACGCCUACGUCAUGCGCUGGUCACUGAUCCAGGUGGUGGUGGUCGUCGCCACCGGUUGCCUGCAGGUGUUCUUUGUGCGCAAGCUGUUCGACACGCACACUAAGCCGCGGGGACGGAUAUGAGCGCGGGGCAGAAAUGGUGGACGGGUUAAGGGGGAUCUGGGUUGGUCGUGACAUCUGACGGGCGUCAAGCAUGUGCUGAUUUCACCUCUGGUGAAUACCACUCCAGGACUUCGGUCGCACGCGAUUUGCGACUUGGGGAAGCAGUCCACAUCGGCGCGAGAUCUGUGGUACGUGGGUGGGUAAUGCAGAUGUAUCGUACCGAUUUUAUUGAGUGACUGGGGGGGGGGGGGGGGUACGGUAUGGAGGUGACAGAAUUGAGUGCACGGCAAAGGCAGCUGCUUGAACUGCGAGAUGUAUUCGCGAUGACUGACAUUCUUUUUUAAUACUGUCCAAUGAAGUGUGUCAUCUUUGCCGCUUGAGAUAGUACUGAGGUUACUAUCACUUUGUUGUGAUACGAAACGCCUGUUCUCUUGUUUUCUUACAGGAGUGGGAAUCUCAUGCAGUCCCGAAUGCAGUUGGAAUAAAACAUGAAAUGUAUUUCAGAACAACGAA